UUCAGCCAACGGAGCCUCACAGUGGAAGCGAGUGCGAGCUUUGGUCUGAAGCACCAAGAAACAAAAUAAAUUGAACUAGAAAUUUCUAAAACGCCAACGAAACGAAAGAAAUAGCCUAAACAACAAUUCAAUUCAAAAAACAACAAUUUAGCGGCUUAGCGGAAGUUGUGAGAAAGAAAGAAAUUAAAAAGAAUUCACCAAAAAGGAUUAAUGUGCAUUUUCGGCCAGAAAAAAAAUAUUGCGAAUUAAUUUAAGAAAAAUAAUUUCUCCAAAAAUUACUAGUGUGACAAAGUGGAAAUUGAGAGUUUUUAAUUCGUGAAAAAGUCGUGAACAUUUUAGCGUGGCAAUUAUGUGGAAGCGCACAUUACUUUUGGUGUGUCUCAGUGGCUGCUGCUGGGCGGGACCACUACAUGGAGUCAAGCGAAAUGCGCCCAUUGUGCUGCGUGAAGACGAUGCCGAGCUGGAGCGUCCCGCACCCGAGCCACUGGCGCCGGAAUACCCCGAAAUGCCAUCGACACUGACCUUGCCCAGCAAUGCGACAUCAAUACGCGCCGACAUCACCGACAGCUUCUCGUGCGACGAUAAAGUUUAUGGUUAUUAUGCAGACGUGGAGAAUGACUGCCAGAUAUUUCACAUCUGUUUGCCGGUCACAUACGCUGAUGGCAAGGAGAAUACAUUCCGCUGGAGUUUCAUCUGUCCCGAGGAGACUGUGUUCAGUCAGGAAUCAUUCACUUGUAUGCGUCGCGAAGAUAUUGCCUUCUCAUGCGAAGACUCAGUGAAUUACUACGAAUUGAAUCGCAACUUUGGCAUGACUGAGGUACAGAAUGCGAACUCUAACAACGCAGAAGCUAACGAAGAACAAGCUGCGGUUGAAUCAGCUGCCGAGACCGCUGCUGAAGCUGGAGAAUCUGUACCCCAAGCAGCGCAGGCAGAACCCGCCGCUCCAGCACCACAACCACCCAAACCAGCUAAGCCUGUAAAAGUGCAGAAACCCAACCGCAGAAAGCCACAACAAAAACCACAACAAGACUCAGCUAUUCAUCCCACCAAUAAGUUGCCAUCGUUAAUGCCACUCCGCAAGAUGCCCAAUAUAGUGCCAAAUGUGCCUGUUUCAGUGCCCGCUGAAGUCGUUGCCGUGCACGAAGUAGACGACGAAGUAAAACCAGUGCUAUCGCGGUACAAGAAACGUCCCGCUGUUUCAUACAACUCAGAGAAAGAAGUCGUCGAAGUACCAGCACCGCCUUUCAGGGUCGAGUUAGUGCACACCCUCAGCCAUCCAGAGUCAUACAAACGUAAACGUCCCGCUUAUACGCAUAAAAAUAAAGUGGUCGCCACCAAAGUAGCUGAGGAACAGCCCGCUGUAGUUCAGCCUGCACCAGAAGUUGUAGAAGCUAUCGAGCCCGUUGUACCUGCAGUCAAAUUUGAAUAUAACUUAGCUGCUGUUCCAACAACUGCUGAGAAAGAAGAAACUAUUGCAGCUGUUGCGCCUGUAGCUGAGCAGGUCGCUGCGGAAAUACCAAUGGCCGAUGCUGAGCCACAAGCUUCUGAAACUGGUGAAAUUGUUGUAGAACCCGAACAGACACUGAAGACAAUUGUCGUACAGCCAAGCAUACCAGAAGUUGAGAUCACACAGGCUGAAGAAGCAACAGUUGAGGUAGCACAACCUGUUGCCGAAGCUCAAGCUGAAAUCGUAGAGGAAACAAAUAAUGUUGAGGAACCUGCUGACGAGGAAUUUCCAAAAGUUGAAGAGACACAAGCUGAAGAAGUGACCAAAGUGGAGGAACCAGUUGCAGCUGAAGUAGAGGCAGCCCCUGAAGUGACGCCUGCUGAGGAAAUCCAUGACGAACAACCAGCAGCGGUUGCCAUCGAAGCAAUUGAGGAAACUCCAGCUGUUAUAGCGGAAGCGCCUCAGAUUACGGAAGUAGAGGAAGAACAACAAGAAGCAACCGCAAAUGUUGAACAACCAGUCCAGCUUGAAGAGCAUGCCCAACCCAAUCAGCCCGCUGAGUUAGUUGCUGAUCAAUUACUUAGCGCAUCUGCACCUGCUGCACUGGAUGCUGAAUCUGAGGUUGCUGCACCUGUUGAAAAUGUCGAAGAAGCUUUGCCUGCAUUGCCCUCCCUCGAGGAGCUGGAGGAACAGAAACCCGCCGAUGCUGUUGAAACUAUGCCCGCCACACCCGAAAUGGAACAGCAGGACCCCAUAGUGGAACAAGCAUUUGAAGACAAAGAUGCUCACUUACAAACCGUGGGUGGCUUCAAACCAGUCGAUCCAGAAGUAGCUGCUGAAGCUGAGGCGCUCAUUUCGGAUUUCAUCAAUACGUUGAGAAGUGAAAACCCAAAUACGUUACCCAUGUUGCCAGUGGCAGUGGAAGAAGAUGUAUCAGCAGCUCCUGUUGAAAGCGAAGAUACCAAAGUUGAGAUUGAAGCAACACAAGAUAAUGAAGAGAAAAUUGCUGAGGAGGAAGCUAAGCCUGAGGAAGAAACACCACUUGCUACUGAAUCCGGAGCGAAUCAAUUGAAAGUCGUAGCUGCUGAAGAACCUGUGUCCGUUGAAGCAGAAAACGUACCAGUUGUAGUAGAGAAAGACCCUAUCGCCGAGGAGGAAGUCAAAGUAUCGCCUCUGCUCAAGUUCCCCAUCUCCAACAGUUUUCCCGCUGAUAUGUACCAAAUUCCAGUCACUGUCAUUCAAACGCCAUACGAGGAGGUACAACAGGCAGAAACUGCAGUGCAGGAACCACAAGAAAACACUGAUGAGGGCGUUAAAGCGGAAGUCAUGCAAGAACAACAACAACAAGAAGAAUUAGUGCCAGCAGCGGAAGGAAGUCAGCAAAAUGUAAAAUUCCUGCCUUCUGAGCCAGAAGUUGAGAUCACAGAGGAGCAGAAAGAAGAGAAACUGCCAAUCGAGGAAACCGUGCCAGAGACGCAAUCCGACAUUUUGGAACCACUGGAAGCCGCACCCGAAGUUGCACAAUCCGCUCUUACGGAAGCUUCCGAACCAGCACCAGAGGAACAACCCGCUGUCGCUGAUGUAGCAGAAAGUCAACCUGAGAUCGCACAACCCGCUACGCCCGUAUCGUUUAGACCCAUUAGCAUUGACGAUAUUGUCGAAUUGGUCAAAGAACGUUUGGAUCAAGCGCCUGCUAACGAAAAAGGUGCGCCCAUGGAACUUGUUAUCGAUUCCAGCAAUGCAGACAAACCUGUCGAGUUGAAAUUUAGUUUGGAAAAAGGGUCAGCGCCGCAAGAAGUAUCAGCUGAACAGACACCUGCCGAGAAUAUCAUUUUUCCCAUUUAUCAUCGAGUGUCCGAGCCUGAGAGCAGCGAUGUCAAAGCUCAAGAAAUUGUAGCGGUUGAAGAGCCCAACGCUUUCGUGACCGAGUUGAAAAAACUGCCAGUUGAAGAUGAGGCUGUGCAAGAAGCGGUAGAACCUCUAGUUCAAACUGUGGAUCAGGUAGUGCAAACAGAUGACGCUGAGGUAGAAGCAAAUACCGCUGUGAAGACCGUUGCUUUAAACACUGAGACUGAAACUGAAGCUGAGGCUGCACCAGCGCCAGUUGUGAAUGUGCAGGAAAUAGACGCUGCAGCGCCCGAAGCUGCGCCAGUUGAAACCGAAAUCACCACCGCUGAAGAGAGUGCGAAGGCUAACCGCGCCUUGAGAUCGCGCAGCUUGACAAAAGCCAAGUUGGAUCCACGCAAACGUCGUUUCCUCUUCAGAUCCGAUGCCAGUUAGAUGCUUCAAACGCUUAUUUAAAUGCCCACUAUGAGCACACCCUGUAUGCCACAGGGUGAGCGUGUGCUUUAUACGCACGCAACCCGCACAUAAAAUUCCUACAGCUUAGGCUUCUAAUACUUUUUCUACAAAAGAAACUCUACACUUUCCUCUACUUACAAAACAUAGUUUGAGUAUGGAUCCUGAGAGAGCAGUGAAAGUUCUACUGAGCUUAAAGCACUGCCACAAAGCAACGGGCCGACGGAAGAACAAAAACAAAAACAAUAACUCAAACUUUCUUUCCUUAUUUAAGUUAAACUAAUUUAUGAUUUUAGGUCUACUUUUUUAUAUGAAAAAUUAUAAAAAUUGAAAAAAAAAUGCAAAAUUUUAGAAAAGUGCGUGAAAUUCACACAGUUUCGUUUGCCGAAGCCAUAUAAAUGAAGAAAAUAUAAUUUAUUUUGUUGUUAUUCGAUGUGAAUUUUUUGUUCAAUUAGGAAGUAAAAGACAAAAAAAAAUUAAAUAUAAACUAUAAAUGAGUGUGAUUUGUAUAUUUGAUGCAUUAAUAACAUACACAUUGCGUAUAUUUAAAUAAAUUAAGGAAAUGCUUUAGUUGCUCCA